AUCAUUAACGUGUUUUGAGAACCACUUGAACGCAGCACAACUGCCUACUACACUGUCUCUUCGUCAUAUCGCGAUAGAGACCAUCAGGCCACGGAGCUAACGCUGAGCAACAUGGCGGAAGAGGAGGUGGCCAAGCUGCAGAAGCACCUGGCCCUGCUCCGGCAGGAGUAUGUGAAGAUGCAGCAGAAGCUGGCUGACACAGAGAGGCGCUGUGCCGUGCUUGCUGCUCAGGCCCCUGGCCAGGGCUCCUCCACCCCUGCAGCUGCAGACACGUUCAUCAGCCGUCUGCUGGACAUCGUGGCCGACCUCUACAAGCAGGAACAGUACAGUGAUCUGAAAGUGAAAUUCGCAGGGGAGAAUCUCAGUGCCCAUAAGUUUGUGUUGGCUGCUCGCAGUGAUGUCUGGAGUCUGGCCAACAUGGCCUCCACCUCUGAACUGGACCUAUCUGAUUGCAAACCCGAGGUUGCCAUGGCAAUGCUGCGCUGGGCAUACACCGAUGAGUUGGAACUCACUGAGGACGAUGCCUUUCUCAUUGACUUGAUGAAGGUGGCCAACCGCUUCCAGCUUCAGCUGCUCAGAGAAAGGUGUGAAAAAGGCGUGAUGUCCUCCGUGAAUGUCAGGAACUGCAUUCGCUUCUACCAAACAGCUGAGGAGCUAAAUGCCACCACCCUGAUGAACUACUGUGGGGAGAUCAUAGCCAGUCACUGGGAUGAUCUGAGAAAAGAAGAUUUCAGCACCAUGAGUGCUCAACUACUGUACAAGAUGAUCAAGUCUAAAACAGAGUAUCCUCUCCACAAAGCCAUCAAAGUCGAGCGAGAAGAUGUGGUCUUUCUCUAUCUCAUCGAGAUGGACUCACAGCUACCUGCCAAGCUGAAUGAACUGGACAACAACGGUGACCUGGCGCUAGACCUGGCGCUCGCUCGUAAAUUAGAAAGUAUUGCCACCACUCUGGUUAACAACAAAGCUGACGUGGACAUGGUGGACCAGAGUGGCUGGAGCCUCCUGCAUAAGGCCAUCCAAAGAGGUGAUGAAUUUGCCUCCAUCUUCCUGAUUCGCCACUCUGCUCAGGUGAAUGCAGCCACAGUGGGGGCGGUGGAAACCCCACUUCACCUGGUCUGUUCUUUCAGCCCCAAGAAACACUCUGCGGAAGUGAUGAGCGGCAUGGCACGAAUCGCAGAGGCUCUGCUCAAGACCGGAGCCAACCCCAACAUGCAGAACAGCAAGGGCAGAACUCCGCUGCAUGAAGCUGUGGCAUCAGGGAAUGAGCCAGUGUUCAAACAGCUACUACAGUGCAAACAGCUUGACCUGGAACUCAAGGACCACGAGGGCAGCACAGCUCUGUGGCUGGCCCUGCAGUAUAUCACCUUGUCUUCAGACCCCUCGGUAAACCCAUUUGAGGAUGAUGCACCAGUAGAGAACGGCACCUCCUUCGACGAGAAUAGUUUUGCCGCCCAGCUUAUCCAGAGAGGAAGCAAUCCUGAUGCACCUGACUCUACCAAAGAAAACUGCCUCAUGCAGAGAGCAGCUCAGGCCGGAAAUGAGGCAGCUGCACUUUUCCUUGCCACUCAUGGAGCAAAGGUCAACCAUGUCAACAAAUGGGGUGAGAGCGCGCUUCAUACAGCGUGUCGCUGUGGCCUGGCGAGCCUGACAGCAGAGCUGCUCCAGCAAGGGGCCAACCCCAACCUGCAGACCCAGAAGGCUCUGCCUGACGACACGGUUGGUGUGGCUACGCAGACCCCACUCCACAUGGCCAUUGCUCACAACCACCCAGAUGUAGUCUCUGUCAUCCUUGAGCAAAAAGCCAAUGCACUUCAUGCCACCAACAACUUCCAGAUCAUUCCAGACUUCAGUCUCAAAGACUCCAUGGACCAGACAGUGCUGGGCUUGGCCUUGUGGACAGGCAUGCACACUAUAGCAGCUCAGCUGCUGGGUUCAGGGGCUUCUAUCAAUGACACUAUGUCCAAUGGACAAACCCUGCUUCACAUGGCCAUCCAAAGACAGGACAGCAAGAGUGCCCUCUUCCUUCUGGAGCAUCAAGCAGACAUCAAUGUCAGGACCCAGGAGGGACAAACAGCACUACAGUUGGCCAUCAGUAACCAGCUGCCACUGGUGGUGGAUGCCAUUUGCACAAGAGGAGCUGAUAUGUCUGUGGUGGAUGACAAAGGGAACCCUCCAUUGUGGCUGGCUCUGGAGAAUGGCCUGGAGGACAUUGCAUCCACACUGGUCCGCCAUGGCUGUGAUGCGACUUCUUGGAGCACAGGGCCCUCUGGCUGCCAGCAGAACCUCCUGCACAGAGCUGUUGAUGAGAAUAAUGAGGUCUCUGCUUGCUUCCUCAUCCGCAGUGGUUGUGACGUAAACAGCACCAGACAGCCAGGCCCUAACGGGGAAGGAGAUGAAGAAGCCCGCGAUGGACAAACUCCUCUACACCUGGCAAGCAGCUGGGGAUUGGAGGAGGUGGUGCAGUGCCUUCUCGAGUUUGGAGCUAAUGUUAAUGCACAGGAUGCAGAGGGCAGGUCUCCCAUCCAUGCUGCCAUUAGCAACCAGCACAACGUCAUUAUACAGCUCCUCAUUUCCCAUCCAGAUAUUCGUCUCAACAUUCGCGACCGUCAAGGAAUGACCCCCUUCGCCUGUGCCAUGACGCACAAGAACAAUAAGGCAGCCGAGGCUAUCCUCAAGAGGGAGCCAGGUGCUGCGGAGCAGGUGGACAACAAAGGACGUAACUUUCUCCACGUGGCUGUGCAAAAUUCCGACAUCGAAAGUGUCCUGUUCCUCAUCAGUGUCCAAGCUAAUGUCAACUCCAGGGUUCAGGAUGCAGCCAAACUCACCCCUCUCCACCUGGCUGUCCAGGCUGGAUCUGAGAUCAUUGUCCGCAACCUGCUGCUUGCUGGAGCCAAAGUAAAUGAGCUGACCAAACACAGGCAGACAGCACUACAUUUGGCUGCCCAGCAGGACCUGGCCACUAUUUGUUCUGUGUUGCUGGAGAAUGGAGUAGACUUCGCUGCUGAGGAUGAGAAUGGCAACAAUGCUCUGCAUCUGGCUGUGAUGCAGGGCCGCCUUAACAACGUCAGAACCCUUCUCACAGAGUCCAACGUUGAUGCCGAGGCCUUCAAUCUCAGGGGUCAGUCACCAAUGCACGUACUAGGCCAUUAUGGGAAAGAGAACGCUGCCGCCAUUUUUGAGUUGUUCCUGGAGUGUAUGCCUGAAUACCCUCUGGACAAACCAGAUAAUGAAGGGAACACAGUUCUGCUCCUGGCCUACAUGAAAGGAAAUGCAAACCUGUGCCGUGCCAUUGUGAGGGCUGGGGCUCGACUGGGCGUCAAUAAUAAUCAGGGCAUCAACAUCUUCAACUACCAAGUUGCAACCAAACAGUUGCUCUUCCGCCUUCUAGAUAUGCUGUCCAAAGAGCCCCCUUGGUGUGAUGGGUCCAACUGCUAUGAAUGUGUUGCCAAGUUUGGUGUUACAACGCGGAAACAUCACUGCCGCCACUGUGGGCGCCUGUUGUGCCACAAGUGCUCUAUAAAGGAGAUACCCAUCAUCAAGUUUGACUUGAACAAGCCGGUGAGGGUGUGCGACAUCUGCUUCGAUGUACUAACUCUGGGUGGGGUAUCGUAAUGCAGUGGCCUGGAUAUCCACCGCCCUCUGACACUAGCCAUGCCAGGCCCAACUUGGCACAGUUAUUCAGGCACACCAGGAGAAGGAGCAUCAGUAGCAGGACAUACUAACAAGAGAUUCCUGGACAAUUAUGGACCAUCAUCUUUAUACUAUUCCAGUCUAUAAAAUAAGAAA